AUGAAGCGGCUGUUUGUCAGAGCUGUGCAGGACAAAGCCAUGAACCCCUGGUUGCUUCUGGCUCUCCUUGGACUCUGUGCAGCAUUUGGGCCCAGUAAACAGGAAGAAGAGGACUAUGAGGAUGUGCCCAUAAACAAGACUUGGGUCUUAUCCCCGAAGGUCUAUGAGAGUGAUGUGACUUUGAUCCUAAACAAACUGCUGCAAGGCUACGACAACAAACUGCGGCCUGACAUUGGAGUGAGGCCAACGGUGAUUGAAACAGCUGUGUAUGUCAACAGCAUUGGACCAGUGGACCCCAUCAAUAUGGAAUACACUAUCGACAUCUUCUUUGCCCAGACGUGGUAUGACAGCCGACUUAAGUUCAACAGCUCAAUGAAGCUGCUAAUGCUUAACAGUAACAUGGUAGGCAAAAUUUGGAUUCCCGACACAUUCUUCAGGAAUUCCCGCAAAUCAGACGCCCAUUGGAUCACCACUCCCAACCGCCUCCUGAGACUGUGGAGCAAUGGGAGAGUCAUGUACACACUGAGGUUGACUAUUAAUGCGGAGUGUUACCUUAAGCUGCAUAACUUUCCAAUGGAUGAGCACUCGUGUCCACUGGAGUUUUCAAGCUAUGGUUAUCCCAAGAAUGAGAUCAUGUACCGAUGGCAGAGACGGGCGGUGGAGGUGGCAGACCAGCGCUACUGGAGACUCUACCAGUUUGCCUUUGUAGGAUUGAGGAACACUUCUGAUGUGGCGCACACCCAGUCAGGGGAAUAUGUUAUCAUGACGAUCUUUUUUGACCUGAGUCGGAGAAUGGGCUACUUCACCAUCCAGACCUACAUCCCCUGCAGUAUGAUCGUGGUCCUGUCCUGGGUCUCCUUCUGGAUAAACAAGGAUGCUGUGCCAGCCCGCACAUCUCUAGGUAUCACCACAGUGCUAACGAUGACAACUCUAAGCACCAUCUCCAGGAAGUCCCUGCCUAAGGUUUCCUAUGUUACGGCCAUGGACCUGUUUGUCUCUGUCUGCUUCAUCUUCACUUUCGCUGCCCUCAUGGAGUAUGGCACUCUGCAUUACUUCACCAGCAACAGACAGACCAAGAAGUCUAAAGCCAACAAUAACACACAGAAAGCAUCCAGCAUGGUGAAUAUCCGACCUGGCACGUCCCUGCUGCAGAUGAACAACAUCGUGCCCUAUCACGAAGAGGCUGACUAUGCUUACGAGUGUUUGGAUGGAAAAGACUGCACCAGCUUCUUCUGCUGCUUCGAUGACUGCCGCUCAGGUGCCUGGCGUGAAAACAGGAUGCAUGUAAGGGUUUCCAAGAUUGAUUCUUACUCACGAAUAUUCUUCCCCACUGCUUUUGGCCUUUUUAAUCUGGUUUAUUGGAUAGGUUAUCUGUAUCUAUAA